CUAUGUCAGUAAAAGGAACUAGCUCCAAUCUGGCAACCCACCCUUCUGUACAGUACAUGGAAAAAAGGGAGCUUCUGAUCACAGCGAUUCUUUCAGAUUGUGUAGGAGCUCUGAGUGGAUGAUUCUCUUUAUUCUGAUGUUGUCACACAGCAUAAGAUGGGGUUUGUUUUAACUGACAGACACAGCUGGAUCCUCUGUUUUCUGCAAUUAGCAUCUUUACUUCGAGCAGUGAGCUCUACAGGGGCAUGCGAGAGCGUGUUUAAGGGUUUCUCUGCCUGCUUGCUCAGCCUUGGAGAAAACAUGGUGAACUAUCCUCAUGAUCUGGAUGACUUGGAAAAUCUGCACACUGUCUGCUCAUACUGGAGUGAUUUCCUGUCGUGCACUUCUUCUGCGGUCGCGGAAUGCCAGGACGAAGCAGUGGAGCUUUGGGAAAAGCUCAAAGUGCCAUCUGGGAAUCUGAACUACAGGGGAAGUCUGUUUCAACUGUGCUCGAAAGAUAACGGAGCAGCAGGACUCGGUUUUGCACUGGAACUUGUAGUCUGUGCUGUGACUGUCUCCAAACUGGUUAUGUGGAUGAUUUGGGAAUGAAAUUAGAAUAAGAUUCAUUUCAUGAUUAGAAACUAAAUGAAAACCGGAUCGUAAUAUACCAGGUAUCAUUCUUUAGCACUGUUAAACCUGACCACUUAAAGCCAUAUACGUCAAUAUUUCUAAAGCAUUUAAUGAAGCAAAUGCAUUGUUUUUAUUUCAAAAUCUUAUGUAAUUACAGAGAACUUUGGAUUGGUGACAUUUCAUAAACAAAUAGAUGCUUAUUUGAUGUGUUUCGCUUUUUGUGUAAUGAUUUGGAUUAUGAAUUAGGAUAAGGGCUACACAUUAAUGUAAAAACCUCAGGAAGAAUUUUGCAUUUGAAUUUAUGUUUUUAUAGAAAUUUUAAAUGGCUUAUACUUAAGUGCUGAAUUCUUCAAUCUGAUUGGUUCGAUGUUUUGACUCAUUUUCUAUAAGAUAAAUAAAUAUCCCAUUCGAAUAUGCUAUCUUUUUUAUAGCAACACUUAUACCAGGUCUUGUAAAGCGAACACUUCAUGUAAGAUUAAAAAAUGUAAUAGAAAAGCGUAUAAUGUUUGGCGUUGGAGUUUUUUUUGAAGGAGUCUCCAGUGUUAGUGCACCAGAAAUUCUCUUUCUGGUGACUUGGUGACAAACUGCAUUAUUUUUACUUUCUAACAAUCACAAAGAGAAAAAAAAAAGGUUUAUAGAUGCACUAAUGUUAGUGAUAACAGAAACAAGCUUGCUUUGCUU